UCCCGCCCAGUCCGCCAUAUUAUUAAUUUCGUCGUUUGUUUACCCUCAUCAAACCCGUUCAUCAUCAGUCGACGUAAACCGUUUAUUUUGUUUUUGUAAUUUUUCGGUGAAUUUACGCAUAUUUUGCUGAUUGAUAUUCGAUUUCGAUCGAUCACGUCGCGAUCAGAAUAUUGUCUUCGAUGCGGUGCCGGUGCGUAACGUUUUGUCGUCGCGGAGCUCGAUCGUGUCUAAGCGUCUGACCAAAAAAGUCGUCCCGUUAUCACGGACUCGUGAAGUCUGCAGCUACUGACAGUUUGUUAUAGAUUUAUAGACAGGUACGACAGUGAUAUUAUCCGGCCGCCGUCAUGUUUUACUCGCACUUUUCGCUGUCCAAGAAAGGGCCGCUCGCCCGUAUCUGGUUGGCGGCACAUUGGGACAAGAAAUUGACCAAGGCCCAAGUGUUUGAAACCAACAUCGAGACAUCGGUCGACGGAAUUUUGCAGCCAAAGGUGAAAAUGGCUUUACGGACAUCUGGACAUCUUUUGUUGGGUGUAGUCCGAAUUUAUUCACGUAAAGCCAAAUACCUGUUAGCUGAUUGUAAUGAAGCGUUUGUCAAGAUUAAAAUGGCUUUUCGGCCAGGCAUGGUCGACUUGCCCGAGGACAAUCAUAUAGCAGCAACUAAUGCUAUAACACUACCAGAAGUAUUUCAUGAUUUUGAUACCGCCAUGCCAGACUUGAAUGAUGUUGAUAUUGAAGCACAAUUCAGUCUUAAUCAGUCUAGAGCUGAGGAGAUAACUUUGCAUGAAGAUUACAAUAUGGUUUCUAAAAACUCUGGAUUCGAUCAAGGAUUUGGAUUCUCUGAAGUUGAGAAUUCCGAUAUACUUCGUCAUGGAAUUGAACAUUCCCUGUUGUUUAGUGAAGGUGUCGACCAUUUGAUGAACCGCGAUAAAGAACCUAUACCUUCAACAUCUUCUGGAUCUGGAAUUUUAAGCCAAAACAGUUUAGGAAUGGAUGCUCCGAUUAGAGAUGAUGGAUUUGGAGGUAAUAUCGGUCAAGUUAUCACUGAUAACUUUUUUCAAGCCGGAGGUUUAUUUGAUGAUGUACCUUCUGCUCCUAUGGAAGUUGCUGAUGGUCAAGGUCCUCCAAGUCCUCCCCCAUUUAAUACACCUAACCGAAAUGAUGAUGAUGAUGAUGAUCAUCACUUUAUGCCUCCUAGUCCAGGUAGACAAAGCUCAGAUGGUUCAAGACCAGCAUCACCUGUUAAUUUACCAUUCCCUAAUGCUGGUGCAUUAGGUCUUAUACCAUCGCCAACACGAGAUCAAACGUUGAUGCCCCCGCCAGAUAUUGAUAUGCAUGAUAUGCAUGAUAUACAUGAUAUUCAAGCAUCCGAAGAACCUGAGCCAUUAAAUGAACAGAAUGCUUCUGUAGAUCAAACUACCUUGGUGCAAAAUGAAGAAGAAAGUUUUGCUUUAGCUCCAAUUGAUGCUAGUGCUUUGAGGGGAUUACCGAAGACUAAAAGAAAGCGAAAACUUAUUGUGGACGAAGUGAAAAAUAUUUCUGGUGAAGAAAUGAAAGCCCAGUUGAGUGAUACAACAGAUAUUGUAAUUACAUUAGAUUUAGCACCACCUACUAAAAGACUAAUGCACUGGAAAGAAACAGGUGGUGUUGAAAAACUAUUUGCUCUUCCUGGAAAAAAUAUACCAGCUAUACCAUUAGCUAGAAAUUACCAAAGACAUUUAACAGCAAAAACACUAACCAAUGAUGAAUUAGAGGGUGAAGGCGGUGUUGAAGGAGAUGAAGAAAAUGUAUUACCUGCAAUAGCUGGCCCUGUACCUGGACGUCGUGGUCGUAAAAGAAAAAUACCUAUUGAUGAAGAAAAUCAAAAACCCGCUAAAAAAGAUGUUUUGCCACCAAUACCAGAAGUAACACCCCAAGUUGAAUCAAUGGAAGUGGAAAUUCCCGCACCAUUGUCUGUGGCUCCUCCUACACCAGCUAUUCCUGAAGAAACGGAACAUAUUGAAAUGGAUCAACAACAGCCGCCUGUUGAUGAACCUCAACAACCAUUUAUAACAUCACCAUUAAAUGAUAGUGGUCAAAUGUUACCCCCUGGAACACCCGCGCAUAAGUCAGUUGAUCCAGUUAAUAAUGAAGAUCAGCUUAUAAAUCCAUUUGAUGAUUUACAAGCUCCGCCAUCAGUCCAUGAUACAUCUGAAACAAAUGAUCAGCCAUUACAACCGGAAUUACAAAACAUGGGUUAUGAUAAUCACAUAAAUCAAUCCAAUGAUUUCAACCAAGUCAUUAUGGAUAAUAUGGGAUACGAUGGUCAUCAUAAUGCACCUGUUACACCAGGAUUACCUUCACCAAGAGGUGGUGCAACACCUUGGCGUGACCAAGAUUAUGAUUAUCCUGCAUCUGUUGGACCUGUGGAAGAGCAACAGGCUCCACAUGAAACAAAUGAACAAUAUGAAGAACGAGUAAUGAACAAAAGGGCUAAUCAGUUGUACCAUACAAUUAAGAUGAGAUUUGCACAAAAAGAUACUCUUAUUUUUGACGAUCUUACCUACAAAAACCGGAGAAAAGAGGCAGCCCAGAAGUUUUAUUCCGUUCUGGUUUUGAAAAAAUACAAAGUCUUAGAGCUAGUUCAAUCUGCCCCAUAUGAACCUAUCCAGUUAGUAAAAGGCGCAUGUUUCACCGACCCAAAGCUCUAAAUGUUUUUAUUAAAUGGAGUUUAUUUUAAUAGUUUAACAAUUUUAUGUAAAAUGGAAAUUUUGUUCAAAAGACCUAUGCCAAGUACAACACUAUGCGCUUUAUGUAAACAAAUGAAUAUAAUUAUUAAGAUGUUUUUAAAUAGAAAAAUAGGUGUAAAUCGAAUUUAAGGAAAUUUUGUUCAUAUUUAUUAUUUUUGUUUAUAAGAUUUGAUAUACAGGAGGUCAAACUAAUUAUUAUAAUUAAUGUAACUUUAUGUAUUAUGUUCUCCUCUUUAUUUGUUUGAUCUUAUGUAUACUUUCACGAUUUUUGUAGUUGGCUAAAUUAAGUUUAAAUAUUAAAUACCAAUUAUAAUCAUGUCAAGUUUUGUCAAAACCCUUAAUCAGAGAUUAUACGCAUUAUAGUGUAUAACUCUGAUCAAGUGUUUACCCAUGAUUUUAAAUUUACUCUAUAUCAAUCUCAGAAUUAUUUUAUUUAAUGUACUUUUGGAAUACACAAUGCAAUGUUUUUAAUUUAUUUAUUAUAUAAUAUACAUAUGUUUAUAAAUUAUUUAUGUUUAGUAAAUAGUUAUAAAUUUAAUUUAUUAUAAUUGAUAACAAAUUUUGUAUGUUUGGACUUUUAUAUAACCAGUCAUAUUAUUAUGUUGAAACGUUCCAAUUACAUUAAUUAUUAUAAUUGAAA